CCGGACAGAUCAGAGCUCGAUCAUGCUUUCUCGUGGUUUUUACUGGACACUGUGGAUGUUGUCGUGUUUUGGCCAGUAUUUAGGUGAAGAUCUACAGUUUUCUGAUCCGGCUAAUGGAGCAGUAGGAGGAAGUGUGGUGUUUGCUCCUGAUAACCUGCCCUCCACAUCAAUUGAUACAAUUCAGUGGAAUUUUGGAACAAAUAUUAUAGUAACAGGACACCCUGAUUCAGCUACAAUACUCUCAGCAUACAGAGACAGAGUCAGUUUUGACAGAAACACUCUCGCUCUGGAGCUCCGGAACCUGAGACUGGAUGAUUCUGGAAAAUACAGUCUGACUGUAAUAACUACUGCUGGACAUCAACUUACAGGAGAAACUUCACUACAAGUGUUCGAAAAUAUAACUAAUGUCAGGCUUACUGGUCCAGAAGAAUCAUUAAUCGAGGGAGAAUCAUCUGCUAACAUCAGCUCUGAGGGAACUGGCAGCAUCAGCUCUGUGCAGUGGAUGAAAGAUAACAGUCAUCUGUCUCCUAGCAACAGAAUCAGCUUCUCAUCUGAUAACAGAUCAGUGUCCAUCAGUCCAGUGCAGAGAUCAGACAGUGGAGAAUAUCAGUGUAUAUAUAGAAACCCUGUCAGCUCUGAGACGACAAAACUCAGUCUGAUCAUCAACUAUGGACCAGAAGAUGUUUCUAUUAAGGGUCAGGAUGUGGUGGAUUUAGGGGUUCGAGUGUCGCUCUCUUGUUCUGCAAAUUCUGAACCUUCUGCCUCAUUCAGCUGGAAGUUUAAUGAAACAGACACUAAUGUGACCACAGACACAUUCACCAUAGAUCAGACUGACUUCACACACAGUGGAGAUUAUGAAUGCACAGCUUUGAAUAAUGUCACAAAGAGAAGCAUCUCACAAAAACAUGCGUUACUAGUUAAAGUGGGUGGAGGAGGAGGAGGAGGAGGAGGAGGAGGGCUGUCAUCAGGGGCGAUAGCUGGGAUUGUUAUUGGGGUUUUAGUGGCUGUUGGUGCCAUUUGUGGUCUGAUUGUCUAUUUAAACAAAACUAAGAUUCCAGAACAAAACCUACAACAAAUCAGACCAGCAAGUGGAGCAGCACAAACAAGACAGGAGCCUGAAUAUGAAGAAAUAAAUGAUUUCCAGAAGACAAAUGGAGAGGGAACGAGUGAAUCUAGUCUGUAUGUGAAUCUCUGUGAAAAUGGAAAUCAUGGAUUUUCAAACAGGCCGAGGGCUCCUCCUCCUCCUCAGGUAUCAAACCCUCCUCCUGUGCGCAGAUGACAAAGUGAAGACAGUGAAAUCUGCAUAUUCCUGCAUAUUGCACUUUUAACACAUACUUUGUGAUAUUUCUGUGCUUUAUUUACAUAUCCACAGACCUGGUAAUAAUAUAUUUAUGUGCAGGUCCACAUGGGAUCACUGCACAAAGAGUCAUUAGAAAGCAGAUUUAAUACCCUGUCCAUGUUAAUUUAUUCAAUAUUUUGGCUUAAUUAUGCAGUCAGUUACACUUAGAUCCGUUUAAUACACUUGGACCAUUAUUUAAUAGUUUUUGCAAUGAUUUCAGGAGAAAAUCUGCAGAAUGUGUGACAAAUAUACACAGAUUCCAACUGGUCCUGCUGAUGUAUAAAAUAUGAUCUGUAAUAUCCAAAGCCGAUCCUCCCUAUACGCAGAAUAUGCUGUGUAGGGCCCCCGAAACACCAGGGGACCCCCUUGCUCUCAAAGAUGUUUUUAUUUUAGUUUUUUAAUUUGGCCAGUGGUUAUGAAAACAUGAAUGAUCAUUUAUUUUAAUGUGGUGCUCUGUCAUGCUCUAAAUCAGCCAAAUCAUGUUACGUGAAAGUCGCACAGUCUCUUUCUCUCACUAAAAAAACGAGUUGAAAGCGUACCGAGCCUGUUUCUCGAGCGCUUUCUGUGAGCGCGAUUCAAGACGGAGUGAAACCCGGACAAAUGUGUUUCAUCCAUUCUUUCAUCCCAACAUCUCCACAUACAUACAGUCUCUCAGAAAUCAUAAGACACAUCCUCAUUCUUUCUUUCCUGAAUUGGGCAAAUAAAAGAAGAUAAAACUGUGAUAAUGGGAAAUACAAAACAAAGGCCUCAUUCAGACUAAAUUCACCUUUAGACCUGAACAACAUGUCACUCAGGGAAAAGAAAUGAGGAAGUGAUAUUUUGUUCUGAUCAUAAAAGUCACUUUUGGUGAACAAAUUUAUAUGAUUGAUAUUUCUAUGGAAAUUAUGUGAUCUGAUUACUUAACUAUAUUGUUCGUUUUCUUUUCCAAUGAAUGUGAUACAGCUACUGCUGUUAUUUUCUUAAAAAUGUAUGUAAGCUCCAGUGACCGGUUCUGUUUUCAGUUGUUUUGUGUAUUGUGGUGUGACAUUGCCAAUUAAUUGCAAAAACUCACUUUUUUUU